GAUCAGAAAAAUGGGUUAAUCGUCCACGGAGAGGACCACGCACUGAAAGAUGGUACCACAUCUUCCCUGGUGAGAAUCUGAGGACAAAGACUCUCUGCCAGCCACGAGUGUCACCCCAAAGGUCAAGAGUCGUGGGAUGAAGUUUGCUGAAGAGCAGCUGCUAAAACAUGGAUGGACUCAAGGCAAGGGCCUGGGCCGAAAUGAGAAUGGCAUCACCCAGGCCCUCAAGGUGACGCUGAAGCAAGACACCCAUGGGGUGGGACAUGACCCUGCCAAGGAGUUUACAAACCACUGGUGGAGUGAUCUCUUCAACAAGACUGCAGCCAGCUUGGUAGUGGACACAGGGAAGGACGGAGUGCAGAUAAGGCGCCUUUCCAUGGAGACUACCCAGCAUAAUCACCCCAAGCCCAAUUUGCUGUACCAGAAGUUUGUGAAGGUACCAGAAUGAGAGGUGCAGUUCUUUACUGGGUCCCGAUCCUUAUUUUACAGAUGUGACCAAAAGGGUGAAAAACCAAAUGCUGAAGAACCCACAGAUGGCUUAUAAAGGCAAGAAGAAUAGAAAAAAAAAAUGGGUUAAUCAAGAUG